AUGUCCCCCACAAAAGGCCAGACUGCCAUCAUCCAAUCCAAAACACCACCUAGGGCCUCCGGUCUUCCACUCGUCGUCGCGCAUGACAGGCCUUUGCCACCAUUACCCACGCCCUACCAUGUGCGUGUGCGAGUCCUGGCUGUAGGUCUGAACCCGACCGACUACAAAAUGGUGACCCACUUCUUCAUGCAAGGCAAUACUGCUGGCUGCGACUUUUGCGGCAUCAUCGAAGAAGCAGGUCCGCUGUCAGUGCUUGGUCUUGGCCUCCGAGUAUGCGGUGCCGACUUCCCGUACCGUCCUAGCAACCCAUAUAACGGUGCUUUCGCCGAGUAUGCUACAGCCGAUUCGCGCCAUCUGUUGCGCAUCCCGGAUGGGAUAUCAGACCUGCAAGCCGCUGCAAUAGGCGCCAUCGGCUGGGGUACCGCUGCCCUGGCCAUGUCCGACCCCACAGCUUUGAACCUCCCGGGACUACCCUCUCGGCCGGAUGUUAGAGGCUUGCCGGUGUUGGUAUAUGGUGGUGCAACGGCAACUGGAAUCAUGGCCAUCCAAAUGCUGAAGCUGUCAGGAUAUGCCCCCAUAGCCGUUUGCUCGGCCAGUUCGGCAUCUUUGUGCAUUAGUCUCGGUGCUAUUGGCACCGCAUCGUACACUUCGACUACAUGCGCUGAAGAGAUCAAGGCGCUUGCCAAAGGGGAGAAAAUCAAACAUGCCCUCGACUGUAUCACAGAUGUAGAGUCCAUGGCCAUCUGUCUUGCUUCUCUCUCGCGCAUUGGGGGCCACUACGCCUGCCUUGAGGCAUUUCCUGAUGCGUGGUUGACUCGUCGCUCGGUCGCUGUCAAGGUUGUCAUGGGUUUCGAGGGGCAAAAUGUUGAUGUCGAUCUCGGUCAUCCUGUUUACUCGCGCAAAGCUAACCCCGCCUUGCAUUCUACAGUUGCCGAGUGGGCGCGCGAACUACAGCCGUUGCUAGAUGGUGGGAAAUUUCGGACACAGCCUUUACAGGAAAUUGGGGGUAGUUUUGAGGGCGUUAUCAAGGCGCUGGAGAUGUUGCAGAGCGGGGAUGUCAAGGGCAAGAAGUUGGUUAUAACUAUAUCUUCAUGA